AUGAGCACAAGUAGCAGUGGCAGUGGCAGCAGUAGUAGCGGGGCAAAGCGACCUGCUGAAUCCGACCUCGCUGAGCUGCCGUCCGCCAAACGCCUCGCUGUCGACCUCGCUGCUGCUGCCGGUGGUGGAUCGUCCCCGUCCAUCCACAGCCCGGCCUCGAGCAACGCUGCUCCUCUGGGCGAACACGCCCAUCCGCUCUCAUCUGCCGCUGCAUCCGCCAGCCAAGACGCAGCCGAUGAGGAACAAACGGGUGGCUUCCAAGCAGGAAUCGUCAAGACCCAACUCGCACACUUGCGCCGACAGUUUGCUGUCGUCAAGUCGGAAGCAGAGACGACGCGUGCGCGCGUUACACAGCUGACUAGUCAGCGCAAUCAGGAUGCUCUGGUUGCAGAUGAAGUCAUGCGCCAAUGGACACAGGUCCAAGACGAGAUGACCAGCACGCUGAUGAGCAUUGAUCCCGUCAGUGGCUUGCAAGAGCAUGCGCAAUUUGUCGCGCAGCCGUAUUCAACCGGGUUGGCAGCACACGUUGCAGAGCUCAAUAGUCAAACAACGCCAACACUGGCAGACACGGCGUGGUUCCUCCGCGUUCGCGACACGACACAGGCGCGAGCGCAGCAACUGCGUAGCGUGAUUGCCAAGUUGGCCGUGUCGAUUGACCAGCAGCGAGCAGUCAUUCACGGUCUAACGCAGCAACGCAACGAGCUGAUGAGCAACUCGGCGGCCCUGUCGCCUGUUGCCGCGACCGUUGCCCAGGAAAAUGCCCAGCAGCAAACCAAGCUGCACGAUCUGCAGAAUGCCCUUGCCGCACUGCAACAGGAGCUCUUCCAACGCAGUAACGACCUCGCAAGUCAAGCUGCAACCGUCGACCUCAAGGCGUCGCUCGCCGCUUCUCAGCACGAGAUUGAACUGCUCAACGACGAGUUGCGGUCUGCUCAGCGCAAAUCCCUCAAGUUGGAAGAGGAAGUACGCGAGUACCGAGAGGCGCGCUCAACGAACGCGGCGACAUCUUCGUUGGCAGCAUCCACAUCAGCGUUGCUGGCAGCAGCCACUGCUGCGACUGAUCCAUCAACUGGUCCCUCAACCCCUCUGACUGCGCCCCCGACGCUUCUCCCCGCUACCUCUACCGAAGGAGGCUCAGCAUCCUCCUCAAACCCUGCCGAAGUUGAGGCAUUGCAACGACAAGUAGCUGCGCUCCUCAAGACCAUGCAAGACCACCAUGCGGCAUUCGACACACACCGUGACGAAAAGUCGCGACUCCUCAAGGAGGUGCAAGCAUUGAAGCAACAGCUUUCCUUCCUCCCUGAUGCGGUGAUCGCAGGCCACCCCAUGUACAAACAACUCAAAGUGCAGUGCGAUACUGCUGUGAAAGAGCUGAUGGACGCGCGCGUUCUGAUGGACAUGCUGCAACGCGAACACUUCAAGCUCAUGCAGGCUCGAAGGGUUGAACUAGAGCAAAUUGAGCUGGCUGAAGUGGCACGGCGUAACGGCUAUGUGGAGGAGUUGCGGCGGCUGGAAGAUCACUAUGCCAAGGUCAAAAACGAGUAUGACAAGCUCCUCUACCGCCAGGAGAAGAAGACCUUGAGCGAAACGACCAUCCAAUCUAGCACUGCCAAUCAAGAAAUGCGUGAGCUCAUCCAGUCGCUGCAGAGUCAAAACACGUUGUUGAAAUCGGAGGUGGCGCGAAACCGCUCCAAGGCCGACGAUUUGCGUGUCGCCCUCGCGAAAUUGAACCCGAACGAUCCGUUGGUUCAGCAAGCAAUGGCGGCAGCUGCCGAGCAAGACUCUGCAUCUGGCGGUGCAAGCACCUCCAGUGGCAGCAACAGCGGCGCCAACUCUGAAGCGGUUGCCACCAUCAAGCAAUUGCGCGAAGAUUUGAAGUGA